UACAGGCCCAACGUCUACAGACCUCAGAUGAGCGGCGCGCUCUCGCUUUGACCAUGCUGAAAUACUUUAUCCGUGCCAACUUGCUGCUGCUGUUUACUGCGCACGAAUCCAGACAAACCAACAACGGUCAUCACUUCCUACAUAUUAAGGGCUUGGAGUUGGUCACGGCGACACGAGGAGACAAUAUUACCCUGCCAUGUAAUUUCAGCACAGAUGGUUCCAUGGAACUGACCAUGCUGGUCAUAUCCUGGUCCAAGGAUAGCAAGAUCAAAUGGGCCUACAGUAAGGACUCCCAGUCCGAAUCGGUGGAAGAGGAACUCGUUUACGGGAAGGCGCACUUACAUUUGGUGAACGUCCAGCAGGAAGAUGGUGGGAGAUACACCUGUGCCAUCAAAUACCGGUCACUGGAGGAACAUGUAACUACAACCGUUCUUGUCACAGAUCCUGAAGGCCUUCGCUCCACUCCAGACUCUUCCCGGGAUGGUAUAGUCUCCACCAGCCUUCGCUCCACUCCAACCUCCCAGAAUCCUAAAGACUCCAGACCUCCUUCUACUCUGGCCUCCCGGAAAGAAGUGGACUCCCAAGAAGAUGUGGACUCCCAGGAAGAAGUGGACUCACAGGAAGAUGUGGACUCACAGGAAGAUGUGGACUCCCGGAAAGUCGAUGUGGACUCACAGGAAGAUGUGGACUCCCGGAAAGUCGAUGUGGACUCACAGGAAGAUGUGGACUCCUGGAAAGUCCAUGUGGACUCACAGGAAGAUGUGGACUCCAGUCUUCCCUUCAUUCAGCCCUUUCAGAGUUCUCCUGACUUCAGCCCUACCUCCAUUCUGGCCUCCAAAAAAACAAAUGUUUCCGCUUCAGAAAUCAUUGGAAAUGCCAAAUUCCGAACCCUAAAGGUUGGGAUGGUGGCUGCAGCGUUGGUGGCUUCAUGGGUCCUCUUCCUCUACUUUUAUCUUCUAGGUUAUUAUUCCUCCAACGCUCCUUAGACGGUUCUGGGUUAUGUAAUAUGAACCCUAAGGGCCCUUUCACACGGAGCGGAUCAGUAAUGACCUGCUCCGUGUGUCCGCAAAGCUCA